AUGACAAUGAAUUAUACGACGACGAAGUAUCUUCUACUAAUUCUCGUGCUUUCUCCAAAUCUCCUACAAAUGAUGGCCUCGUCAGAAAAACUCAAAUGUUUAUUUACUUCAAAGUUUGAGGUUUACGUCGCUAGCAAUCUGCCGUAUGAAGCUCAACCAUUAACAAUGCAUUGUGCAUCUAAAGACGACGAUCUUGGACACCAUACGCUGACGACAAAUCAAGAAUUUCACUUUCAUUUUUGUCUGCGACCCUUUGCUACUUUAUUCUUCUGUCAUCUUUGGUGGGAGAAUAAGGACUCCGCGUUUGAAGUCUACAAUGGUAACUGGCGACACGAUAUUUGUUUCCGAAAUCACACUUGUUAUUGGGUAGCGAAGAGCGACGGGAUUUAUUUCUCACCAUUCUACCCUCCACAAGAAUUAGUCAAGAAGUAUUCUUGGAAUGAAAAUGUGAGAAAAAGUUCUCAUUGA